AUGGCACCAGCUGUUACAUUGAACGAUUUUCAAGCCGACAUUGACACGCCACUGAAGUCGCCCCAUAAAUUCAACAGUUUCACGUCUUCUGUCAACACAAUCACGAUUCCAAUCGACCCUCCCCUCAACCAAAAUCAUCGAUGGUGGUGGGAUAAAUGCGCACCACUCCUGAACAGCCUACUCAACAGCGCGGGGUCUUAUUCUCCUGAAGACAAAGCGGAUCACUUGCGCGUUUUCCGCGAUGUUGUCGUGCCUUCAUUUGGACCUCCGACACCAGAGGCUAAAGUUAGGCCCCUCCUUACGUACGAUGGCUCAACAUUUGAGCCAUCGUGGAAUUUCACUAAGGGUGACGACGGUGUAAUUCGUUACACUUUUGAGCCUCUGGGCGAUACUGCCGGCUCCGACGAAGACCCUUUCGCCGGAGAGAUUGGCCGAUCUAUGAUCCCGAUUCUCUCCCAAGUCUCUUCCGAUGUUGACUUACGGUGGUACGAGCAGAUCGUGAGUGCGUGGUUCGUUACUCCUGAAGAAGCAGCUGCUGCUCGUCAGAAUUUGCCGCCCCACGUCAAGCGCAUCCCACAGCUCUUCCUUGCCUACGACAUGAAACGCUCUAAGCGUUUACUCAAGGCCUAUCUCUUUCCCGUGCUGAAGCAUUUCGCCACGGGGACAACAACAUCAGACCUUGUCUUCGACAUGAUCCCUAAGUUGCAGCCAUUUGGCGACAAGCUUGCUGUGCCAGCCAAAAAGUUGCAGAAAUACUUGGCAUCCUGCAAAGAGCCAUGUCUUGUUGAGAUGAUGGCAAUUGAUUGUAUCGACCCCAGCAAAGCGCGCGUUAAAGUCUACGCCCGAACAAUCUCGAACUCGAAGUCCGUGCUGGCGGAUGUCUUCACCCUUGGCGGCACUCAGACCGACGAAGCGACAUUGAAGGGCGUAGAGACUGCAGAGAAGGUCUGGCACCUUUUGCUUGAUGAGCCACAGGGUAUGGCCCCAGAUCAGCUCGAGAUAUGCAAAACCUGCACAAAGGAAUCUGCUUCGCAUUCGAAUUGA